CCCCGCCGUUCCGCUCUGUCAUCUCUCUUUCGUUCUCGCCCUCUUUCUCUCGCAUCCUCGCGGGAAGGAGGACGAGAAGCAGGAAAGAUGAGCGAACAAGAGGAUCUCGACUACUACAUCAUGUUCCCGUCGUUUCCGCCGUCCGCAAAGUAUCCAACGUUGACCACCGGCGGCCAGAAUCAGCGGGAGGAGUUCGUGUUCGUCUACAAGGAGGACAAACUGCCGGUGGUCGUCCUGUUAGGAUGGGCCGGCUGUCAAGACAGAUACCUGGCAAAGUACAGCGCGAUCUACGAGGAGAAGAGCUGCAUCACUCUGCGAUACACAGCACCGGUGGAAUGUCUAUUUUGGCGAAGAGACAAAAUGCCUUACAUUGGAAAACGAUUGAUCCAAGUGAUCAUGGACAAGAGUUUGGAUCAGCAUCCGAUAUUUUUCCAUGUGUUCAGCAAUGGCGGCGCGUUUCUUUAUCAACACGUGAGCCUCGCAAUGCAGCAGGCUAACACCCCGCUCAAGGUCAAAGGAGUAAUAUUCGACAGCGCACCGGGCGAAAGAAGAUUAACCGCGCUGUUUAAAGCGAUCAGCGCCAUCAUAGGGGGGCAUCCACUAACAAACAUACCGAUGUCUUUCUUCAUUACAAUCUUCCUCUCCGUACUCUGGCUCUUCGAGGUGAUCGCUCACGCAUUUGGGCGCGGAUAUCCGGUUCAAACAAAUCCGAUCGCGCUGGCGGAAGAAUCUAAUUCCUGGCCCCAAUUGUUCCUUUACUCGAACGCUGAUACGUUGAUUCCGGCAUCGGACGUCGAGAAGUUCGCCAGCCGACGAGCAGAACGCGGUGUACGAGUGCAGCUGGUACUCUUCACGAAUUCACCGCACGUGAAGCAUUAUACCACGUACCGUGACGUUUAUGUAAACACGGUUUGCAGCUUUAUCUACGAAUGCCUGACGUCACCGAAUUUUGAGAGCCUGGAACCCUCUCAAGAGCACACCGAAGAAAAUAGUCCACUGAAAUACAACGCUUUGCCGGGCCUCACGAAACGUGUUGUGCUACCUCACGAGGCCACCAAACAGCUGAAUUAGAAAGCAUCGAUAGUGAAUUUAGCCAUACAUAUACAACAGAUGGAAGAGCCGCGUUCCGUGCGGCUGUCGCAAGCUCAGAAGAAAGCUGGCAAACUGGAAGACUGAGAGGAUCGGCAUUAUUGUUUGGUUUGCUCUCGUUCUCGGGCCAGCAGGUCUGAAUUCGUGAAACGAAUAUAGUCGUCAGGGUUGAGUCUUGCUUA